AGCACAGAGUAGUCUACUUUACGCACACUGAUUCUCGGAUUGCAAACAAUGGUAUCCCGGAUUCAAUCCAAAAACUAAGAUGUCGUGUGAAUUAUAGGGCAUUGAAAUAUGCCAAACCAAUAGAAGAACUUGGAAACUUGCUGGUGGCAAGAAUGAGAGGAAAUGGCAAAUCCUUACCUUGCACUUCAUUUGAGGUUGGUUCUGGUUGUGGCUUUACUAAACCCUGUGUUUCAGUUCUCUAGAAUCCUUUACCUAUUGCCUCGUCUUUUGAAAUACUGGUUGCAUAAAGUAAACACACCGUUAGUUGUAUUAUAAAAAAGGUGCUUCUGCAACAAGCAUGCUUCUAAUAUUUUUCAGGUUCUAGUCAUUGUGCAUGCUAUGUUGACUCAUGUCAUGUUCUCCAUUGGCUACAGGUAUGAGAAGGAUAUGCUUGCAUUUACUGGCUGCAGUCACAGUUUAAGUGCAGAAGAGGACGAGGAGCUACGCAUCAUGCGUUAUGAAGUGAAUCAUUGGAAGGAGAAAGAGAUAAAUGGGACAGAAAGAAGGUUGCAAGGUGGUUGUCCAUUGACUCCUAGGGAGACUUCUCUACUGUUGAGAGCACUGGGUUUUCCUUCCAGCACUAGGAUUUACUUGGUAGCUGGCGAGGCCUAUGGGAAUGGGAGCAUGCAGUAUCUCGAGGACGACUUCCCGAACAUCUUCUCGCAUUCAUCUCUUGCUACAGAAGAGGAGCUGGAACCUUUCAAGAAUCAUCAGAACAUGUUGGCUGGUAUAGACUAUGUUGUUGCACUUCAGAGUGAUGUGUUUUGUGUAUACAUAUGAUGGAAAUAUGGCUAAGGCAGUUCAGGGUGCACCCGUCGAUUUGAGAACUUCAAGAAGACCAUCAACCCCGACAAGUAAUAGUCUCUCCCCAAAAAACAUGACCUCCGAAAAUGUUAUUUUUGCAGUUAGACAAGCGCUUCGUACGUAGCUGUUUGUCAUGUUUUGCUUCAUUGUUUUGUUGCAGGAUGAACUUUGUGAAACUUGUGGAUGAGCUAGACGAGGGGACAUUGUCAUGGAAGAGGUUCAGUUCCAAAGUGAAAAAGCUUCACCGGGAUCGUGAUGGAGGGCCAUACUAUAGGGAGGUAGGAGAGUUUCCGAAGCUGGAAGAGAGUUUCUAUGCAAAUCCUCUACCAGGGUGCAUAUGUGAAAAAGGGAAGGAGAAAGUAAAACCAGAAGUCAGAGGCAGAGAGAAAGCUCUCCCCCCCUUUUUUUCACUCUCCAAACAGGUUGCGCCCAACUCCAGAAGCCUGACUUUGAGGAGAGGUAUGGUGCUGCCUGCCAUUCUUCCACAAGUAUUAAGUCGGAAACUGGCGUUUGUACAUCUCGUCGUCGACCUUUUUAAGAACUGUUUCUACUUGAUAGGAGAGAACCUGGAAACAUUCAACAGCAAGAAAGAAAAGUGCAUAGCUGAAGGAAUGGAGGAGGGAACCAUUGGCAUUGAUUGUAGUCAUAGCUCCACAACUUUAAUUUUUUUGUGUGUGUACAAAACACAACACCGACACGAAUACUAAUGUAUGUAGCCACCGAGGGAUAUGGAAAAGCUGUAAAAUGUCGGCUCAAUUGGGGCUGAACAGGGUUGAGUUUGCACUUAAAAAGCGGCUCCAGAUUUGUUGGAGCUACCAUAUACACAUUGGAUGAUGGCUUAGUGAGUAGAGUUUAUAUUCAUUCUUGGAUGUCAAUAAAACCUUAAACAGGACUGUCAAUUUUGAAAGCAAAUGACACUGUUUCAAGCUGUGCUUUAUGCAGUUCAAUAAGGUUGCUGAACUUACAAGCAUUGACAUUAAACAGGUUCACUGUUAUGCUCACAUCAUGAUGUGACCAUUUCAACGUCGAUUAGGAGACCAGAUCAUAUCUCGUCGUAGAACACAUUAAACCUCCAUAACGAGCAUAAUUUAAACACAAUUCCACCGUUUGAUUUAUUCAUCCAUCUUGUCGAAUUGCAAGUUUGUCUGCUAUCCUGUUUGGAAAGGCUAAAUUUUGAGAAAAUGAAAUUCUAAUUCUAAAACUUUUCAGGAUUCUCCUGUUUGGAAGUAAAAAAUGAAAAGGAAAAUGGAAUUCCAAAAGGUAAAAAGUUGGAAAUUCUAAAUCCUACCAAAAGUGGUCGGAAUUGGUGGAGAGAGUGAUGGAAUUAGUGAACCCCGCAUUAAUUUUGACCCAUCUUUACAAGAAAGUUCUUGCUAUUUUGAGUUUUAAAUCAUUAAUACCAAGGAUAUUAUUGUAAAAGCACGGUAAGAAAUCAUUUUAAUUUUU